AUGGCUUCUGACACUCAACCUGUAGUAAUAUCAAAGAAGUCCAAAUUAUCUAUUGCUAAAUUGAUAAACAAAUAUCCGAUCACCAAGCAAGAAAUACAACAUCAUCUAGCCACAUCUUCUCAUGGGAAGUCUCAUCAUUCAGUGGAAGAUAUUACCCAUGGCCAACCUAUGCUUGUUCCGCCAGCAUCUGAUAGCCUGCCAGAGAUGAUGAGAUUACGGGAAAUUUUACCAGCAUAUAGACAAAGAUCUGAAAUAUUAGAAGCUAUUUAUCAUAAUCAAGUUGUUUUAAUCACGGGUGGAACAGGCUGUGGUAAAACAACUCAAGUUCCUCAAUUCAUUUUGGAUGAUGCCUGUCAUAAGCAAAAAAGAAUACGGAUAAUUUGUACUCAGCCCAGAAGGUUACCGGCUAUAUCUGUGGCAGAAAGAGUGUCAAAAGAGAGAAAUGAAAAGAUAGGACAAACUGUAGGAUAUCAUAUUCGAUUGGAGCAAAAAGUCAGCUCUUCUACCGUUUUAACAUACUGUACGAGUGGUGUAUUACUCAGAAUGCUUACACAAGAUGAAACUGCAAAAGAUGUUUCUCACAUUAUCCUGGAUGAAAUUCAUGAACGCGAACAAAAUACUGAUUAUCUUUUAAUAGCCUUAAAACAAGCUUUGAAGAAAAGAAAAGAUCUGAAGAUUAUUCUUAUGUCGGCAACAAUGGAAGGAAAUUUGAAAAUGUUCAUGGGAUAUUUCGGGGAAAGAGUUAAAGUGUAUCAUAUUGAUAUUCCAUCCCGUUUGUAUCCUGUAGAGAAGUUCUACCUCAAUGAAGUUCUAGCUCUUACUGGUCAUGUACCGAAGGAAAGCAUUUUCAGCGGACAUUUUUCCAUGAAUUCUUCAUUUCCCCCAGUCGAAGAAUGGGAUAAGCGGAAUUUUACUAACGAUUACAACAGCCACUCUGUACCCAUGCCUAGUCAAAGUAUGCAGAGUUUUCAAGUUUCGCAUUCUCAAUCUCAAUCCAACAUUCAUACCACUAUGAGUGCCACGAACUUACAUCAGAAGUCUCCUGUACAACAGGUCUUGUAUGAUAACAUGGCUCACCAAAUUGCUGGAUCACAACACCCGAGCUCUGCUGUUAACAAUCCAUCAUAUUCCGGUCCUGGCUACAACUUUCCUCCGCCGUCACAGAAUCAAUAUCCACACCCUCCCCCUAAUAUGAAUGUACCUGUUUAUUACGGACAAUCUUUUGUCUCGAAUAAUGGUCAUUUUCCUCAACAGCCCAUGUAUAAUAGCUAUUCGCAACCCCCACCUAGUAUGCAACACUCAGCAACGUGGGGCGGCGGGAUGGAUCAGGCAAAUCAGGUGUACUACCAGGAAGCUGAUGUUAUAGAUAUGCCUUGUGAUCAAGUGGAACCGGAAGCUAUGAAGAUGUUAGGUCUUCCAUUCAAACCUCAAGAGACCAUAUCUGAGCAGAACCCUAGCUGGCAGCAUACGCAGUCUUACCCUGUCAUCAACAACCAAGCUCCCAUGACAUCUGGCAUGCAAAGUUGGGACAGCCAAUCUCAUGUAUCUUUCGAUUCUAAUCAAUAUCCUCAUUCUGUUAAUCCUAGUCAACCUUUGUUUUAUGUGGCCAACGACGACGCUAGUGCAGGACCCGGGAAAGGAAUGUAUUAUAAUCAGAAUGGGAAUGUCGGUUUUCCCGUGUUAAUGUCGCAGAGUCAGUCUUCCUAUGGUGACGAAGUUAAGAGCUAUAAGGAUUCCCUUCAAAGAGAUCAACAAAUUAUGAAUUGGAAGAAGGGGCUCAUUAUAAAUGCAUUACCUGGGAAAUCUAUGUCUUUCUCCCCUGACGCGAAAUAUCAUCUGCAUAGAGCAGAAAUUGAGAAGAAGAACUUGAUAGAGCCUUACAUGGAUUUGGGCGGAAGGCAGUUUUCUGAUUCUAUCGAUCAGCAGCUGAUUGUUUCUGUUAUUCAAUACUGUAUAAACAGUCCAAUAGAAGGAGCGAUUCUUGUUUUUUUGCCUGGAUAUGAAGACAUCAACCAAGUCAGAGAGAAGAUACUAGAAUGUCCAAGGAGUCAUGGAUACCAGCCUCAGAUCUUUAUACUUCAUUCACAAAUGAAUAGUUCCGAUCAACAGAAGGUCUUCGAAGCACCCGCUCCAGGAAGGAGAAAAAUUAUCCUCUCUACUAAUAUUGCGGAAGCCUCCUUAACUAUUGACGACGUCGUUUUUGUAAUUGAUACUGGAAAGGUUAAAGAGAAAACUUAUGAUCAUACUUCGCGAAUUAGUCAGUUAAAAGUAGCUUGGAUUGCUAAAAGUAAUGCUGAACAGAGAGCAGGUCGUGCUGGAAGAUGUAGAGAAGGCUAUUGUUUCCGCCUAUAUAGUAAACGAGAUUAUAAUCAAAUGUCUAUUACACAGAAAGCUGAAAUGCAAAGAGCUGCUAUCCAUGAUGUGUGUCUACAUGCCAAAAUGUUUGCCCCUGAGAACAUGACAGUUCGAACGUUUUUGCAAUUGGCACCUGAGCCUCCACCUGGUGAUGCUAUUGAUCAUAGUAUGCAGUUCUUGGAGCAACUUGGCGCCUUGUACUCAGAAGCUAGCACGAGUGAUUCCGGAACUAUUUAUUCUCAACGAGAUCCGGCGCUCACAGAUAUGGGACGUCUUAUUGCUUUGCUGCCACUUGAUCCUCAACUUGCACGAUUGCUCUUAUUUGGAGUUGCACUUCGUUGUCUAGCACCUGUCACUACAUUAGUCGCCGCACUUUCUUAUAGGGACCCUUUCAUAUUACCUAGUUUAGAAGAUAGAGAGAAAGCUAAUCAAUGUAGAGAUGUUUUCGGUCAAAGAGAUUUUUCUGAUCAUGUAGCUCUGUUGCGAGUUGUUAACGAUUAUGACAAUAAACCCCACAAGGAGCAGAUCAGCUUUUGCAAGAGCAAUUUUCUCUCAGUCAACGUAUUGAAAAUGGUUAUUGGUGUCAGACGCCAGUUGCUAUAUGAGCUACGACGAGCGAGAAUAGUUCAUUGUGAUGGUGAUGUAGCUCAACUCUUACAAGAUAGUCUGUAUAACAAAUACUCGAACUGUUGGCCAAUGAUUCAAGCUGCCAUUGUAUCGGGCUGUUAUCCAGGAGUUGGAUAUGUCAAGAACGGCAACAAACUGAAAAAAAUUAGAACAACAAGCGAUGGUAACGCAACUCUUCAUCCGUCCUCUGUCAUCAAGCGACAGCUGUCUAACGCCAAAAAAUCUUUGGAAAUUAAUAAUGAGCCUAUUGUGGAGUUUUUAGUUUUUCAAGAGAUGGCUAAAAUAGAAGAAGGCCUCACACUGAGGACUGUGACUGUGGUUCCCUCUUGCACAAUUGUCUUGUUCUCAGGAGCCAUGAGAUUGAAAAAAGUCUUAAUUGAUGAUUUCAAUAUAAUUGACGACUGCAAGAAUAGUAUCGCUAAUGACGAGUCCAAACCGAGUUCAGAAGAUGACGAUUUUCCUCAACUAUAUUGCUUGCAGCUUGAUGAAUGGAUGGGCAUACGGGGUCCUUUCGAGGAUUUGCAAAGAUUAAUGCAACUGAGGUUCAAGACUAUGUCUUAUUUCCUGGAAGUCAUGAGUAACCCUCGUGUUCUUACUCAUUCGAAGAAAGAGAAUGAUGAUCUACUGAAAGAGUUAGCUGCUGUUCUAACAGAUGAGCAUAAAAGAGCUGGUUACAAUGAAGUCAAUCAUAUUGCCCCAAUUCCAACUGUUGUCAACAGAUAUUCUUCCAAUGGUAAUGGUCCUUUCCGCACCACAGCAUCAAUGCGAAGUAGACCGCCUACUCCACCUAGUUGUGAAGUACUCCCACAACCUCCUAUGCUUUCCAACAUGAAACCCACCGAACAACCGAAACCUCAGGCUACUUUGCCAACUUCAGCUGUUUCAUCAUCUUCAUCCCAAUCACGAUCUUCAAGAACGGCGUCUACAACAACUACCGCUACAACCAGCUCAACGAAUCCAACAUCGGUUGCUGCUUUACUACCUGUGGCGUCUACAUCAACAUCUACCAGAACUACUACCAAUGUUGUUGAAACUAAACCAUCUUCAUCACAAGGUCCCAGUCAAAACAACACUGGAUCGGUAAUGAACGAGAAGAUGAGUAAGCUUUUCUUGAGCUACCAAGAGAAAGAUUCUGCUCGAACAUUAAACAGAGGGCGAGAUGAAGGUGGAAACAACCGGAAUGUCAAAGUUAAUAAGGGAGGGAACGAUAUUAGAAAUGUUGUUUCAAACGAUGUACGUGUAGAGAGGCAAAAGAUUGGAUCUUUUAAUAAUCAUAAGGAGGAGAAGCAUGUUCCAAGGUCACAUGAGGAUUCGAGGUAUCCCAAAGCUCGUGAAGAUUACUCCAGCUCAAAGCCAAUGACUCGAACUUACGGAAGCACGAGGAGGGCUGUGGGUACUUCGAACAAACGGCAUACUGAGUAUCACAAUAGUUCUUACGGAGAGGGACGAGAAACAAGAAAACCGAACCAAACCGAUGGAAUGGAAAGUCGUGGUGAAGGGGCAUCAAGCAGUAGAACUCAGAACACAGAUAAAAGGGAUCAACUCACUUGGCAACAACAUCAACAGUUCGAAACGAACAGCUAUAGGACGUAUACUAAUCGACGUCUGAACAAUCAAAACCAUGUGGAUUGGUCGAAGGACGAGUACUCAGAUUAUGUGCCCAAAAGGAAUUACGGUAACUCGAAUAAAUCAAGAGGUGGUCAAAAUAGUUUAGUGAAUAGGUCUUCUAGGAAUAACGUAGACUCGAAUGAAAUGGAUAGUAAUACCAAGCCAAACAGAAGGGGGAGGGGUGACAGCAAGUUCCAUGCAACUAAAACUUUCUAUAAUAGUAAUGUUACCAAAAAUGGAAGUUAG